GUUCCGCCUCCGCCAAUCUGGACCCUCCUCGCGUUGCGUUCGUGCGUGCGAGCCGGCGCCGCCGAGCUGGCCGGGCCGCGGAGGGCGGAUGGCGGACUCGCAGGCGUUCUGCGUGGCCGAGGAGCGCAGCGGCCACUGCGCCGUGGUGGACGGACACUUCCUCUACGUGUGGGGGGGCUACGUGUCUAUUGAAGACAAUGAGGUAUAUUUGCCGAAUGAUGAAAUUUGGACCUAUGAUAUUGAUAGUGGACUGUGGAAAAUGCACCCAAUGGAAGGAGAGCUCCCCACCUCCAUGUCAGGAAGCUGUGGGGCUUGCAUCAAUGGCAGGCUGUAUGUUUUUGGAGGAUAUGAUGACAAAGGAUACAGCAACCGACUUUACAUUGUCAAUUUACGAACAAGAGAUGGAACUUAUACCUGGGAAAAAAUCACCAAGUUUGAUGGCCAACCACCCACACCACGUGACAAGCUUUCCUGCUGGGUGUAUAAGGACAGAUUAAUAUAUUUCGGUGGUUAUGGGUACAGGAGGCACAAUGAACUUCAAGACUGUUUUGAUGUCCAUGAUGCAUCUUGGGAAGGGCAGAUAUUCUGGGGUUGGCACAACGACGUCCAUGUGUUUGACACAAAGACAAGGACUUGGUCUCAACCAGAAAUUAAAGGUGGAGUUCCGCCACAGCCACGAGCCGCGCAUUCAUGUGCAGUUCUGGGAAAUAAGGGGUAUAUCUUUGGUGGACGCGUCUUGCAAACUAGGAUGAAUGACUUGCACUGUCUAAACUUAGACACCUGGACUUGGUCUGGAAGGAUUUCUGUUCAUGGAGAAAGCCCCAAACAUCGGUCAUGGCACACGCUAACAGCCAUAGCUGAGGAUAAGCUUUUUCUAUUUGGCGGACUAAGUGCAGAUAAUAUCCCACUAAGUGAUGGCUGGAUUCAUAAUAUUGUAACAAACUGUUGGAAACAACUUAGACAUUUACCUUACACCAGGCCCAGAUUAUGGCACACAGCCUGUUUGGGAAAAGAAAACGAAAUAAUGGUAUUUGGUGGGAGCAAAGAUAACUUACUUUUCCUGGAUACAGGUCACUGUAACGAUUUAUUGAUCUUUCAAACACAGCCCUAUUCACUGCUCAGGUCAUGUCUUGACUGCAUUGGGAAAAAUGCUGUUGUUUUAAAAAGUCAAAUAUCUUUAUUACCUCCUAAACUUCUGCAACAAGUUCUCAAAAAAAUAACGUUUUGGACUGCAGCCAAUUACCGAAAAGAGCAAAGAGUCCUAAAAGAAGAAACAGAAAAUAAGGACCAAUGGAUCAGUAGCCACUGAAUUGCUCUUGGUCCAGUAUGGCAAAGCAUUUUAAUCAGACUACACAUUUGACCCUCCCCUCCAGCUACAGGCUUUAUUUAAAGGAUAAAAUUUGAAACAAAUGUUUUGCUAAUGUGAUUACAUGAUAUAGGAUAUAUGGAAAUAAGAUGUAAUUGAAGAUUUA